AUGACUACUAAGCAAGAAAAGGAUCAGGAACGCCGGAGGACUAAGAACUCCCGAGAACGUUUAAAACGACGGAAAGAGCGUACCGUUCAAGGCCUACAUGACUACGGUCUUCUUUCCGGCGCCAGGGUGUAUAUGUUUAUUCAAGACCGUGAUGGAAGGGUUACUGAGUAUAGAAAUACCCUGGAUAAGCGGUUUCCGCCGUCAUUUACUCAGAUUAGGCGCCUGUUCCCGUCUGCAAAGCUGUUGACUCCAGCGAGCUUUGGUGCAUCGCAGCCUGGUGUUGAAGAAUCCUCGGCUACAGAAAGCCAAACCAUGUCAUAUGGGCUUCUUAACUUUCCCACCGGACCUUUCCCAUUUGAUCAGUCCAAUGAUCCUUUAGGAGUCCCUAGCCAACUUGAGGAGAUACCAACUCUGCCAGUCGACAUACAAUUUUGUUCCAACACUACUGGGCCAUGUUUGUCGCAGGAUGUUCUCGAUGGGGCUACUGAAGCAAGAACUUGA